AUUAUCACAACGCCUCCUCGGAGUCUCAUAAACCAAAACCAAAAAGCCUGACGCCUCUUUUCCUCUCUUCAAACAUCACAUGCGCUUCCACAUAUAUCCCCUAGUUCUCUCUUGGUGGCUCUCUCGUAAUUUACAUUCAUUUCGAUCCCAAUCUCGUACUCCUUCCGAUCUCCGGCGAUCCGUUCUUUCCGGUGACUCUCCGUCCCUUACUCCGACCGUCGCCCACUGUUAGGGUUUCGCUCAGUGCGUGCGGUUCAACCCGCGAAAGUUUCGCAACUAGGGUUUCGGUUUCUGAUGUGAGUCGUCGAGUUUGUUGAGAAGGUUUACGAUUAGGGCUCUAAUCUCGGGUUUCAUUUCUGAAUAUCGUUUGUGGAGUCGAGGCUAGGGUUUGGGAUUUUCGAUCUGAGAGCCAAAUUUUGUUUGCGGAUUUGAAACUAGGGUUUCAGUUUUGGUUCGGGAGGUUGCAAUUAGGGUUCCGAGAGCAUUUCAGUGAUGCCGAGGAGUUCACGUCAUAAAUCGAGCAAACACAGUUCGAGGGAAGUGAGGGAGUACUCGGACUCGGAGAAGGAGUCGAACUUAAAGGAUCGGAAAGGCAAGGAAGAGAGUGGAGGUGGAGCUAGGGUUUCGAAGGAAAGCGAGAAGCGGAAGGUUGAUUCCACCACGAAGGAUGCCAAGGACCUGUACGGGUCUGGAAAUGGGGACUAUUCUGAAGAGCACGGCUCCUCAAAGCGGCGGAGGGAGCGAGCUGGUGAUGGAGUGAGUGAUCGAUGGAAUGGCGGAGAGGACGAUCGGACUGAGGUGUCGAAGAAGUUGAAGGAGUCGAAGGCUUCGGGUGAGUUGAAGAGUGGUAGUAGCAGUAGGAGGAGAGAGGAGGGUGUAGGAAUGUUUGGUGAGGGUGAGGAGGGAAAGAAGAGUAGUAGCGGGAAGCACCGGGAUUCCGGUCGAAAGGAGGGUAAGGAAGGCGGUGUUGAAAGAGAGAAGAAGAGUAAAGAAGUGAAAAGUGAGAGGUCGGUCAUUGAUAAUGAAGAACAUCGCGAGACAAAGAAGGCAGUCGAAAAUACUGAUCUGAAUGCGCAGGAUGAGUUGCGAAGUCCUGAACCAGAAAACCAGCUUGAGAGACGAACGAGGAAAAGAAGAGAUGGUUCUGGUGAUUUGGAAAAGCAUCAAGACGAUAUUGGAGAUGUUAAUGAUAGACGAUUAUCGUCUAGGGAUGAUAUUUGCAAGGAUGGAAGACAAAAGGACGAAAAGCGCAAGGAUGAGAGAUCAAAAGACAAGUACCGUGAAGAGAUAGACAGAGAUAACAAGCACCGUGAUGACAAGCAAAGCGAGGAGCGCCUUGCAAAAGAUCAUACAAGCAUCAGAUCUGAUGAUAAGCGUGCAAGAGAUGAAAAAGAUUCUACAGACAUACGACAAAGGAGAACCAAGGCUCAAGACAGUGACCGUAAUCGAGAGCGUGAUCGUGAGCGGGACCGGGAUCGUGAACGGGAUCGUGAUUUAGAGGCUAGCCGAGAUCGUGAUCGCUGCCAUGACCGUGAUCGUGAACGGGAUGGGGACCGUGGGCAUGAUCGCAGCCGUGAUCAUGACCGUGACAAUGAUCGUGAUCGUGACCGUGAACGGGAUUGGGAUUGGGACCGUGACCAAGAUCGUGAUCAUGACCGUGGCCGAGAUCGCUUUCGUGAUCGUGAACGUGAACGCGGGCGUGAUAAUGACCGGGAAUAUGAUCGUGACCGUGAAUAUGACCGUGACCAUGACCGUGACCGAGACCGAGAUCUAGAACGUGACCAUGAUGGGUCACAACUUGAUGACCGUAGUGCUAGAUACAAAGAUAACAGGGGAAAGAAAAGAUCUCCAGAUGACCGCGAUGAUUCUAAUGAUAAUAAAACUAGAGUUGUCAAAGGUCACUAUCCUGAUAUGGAAAAGAAAUCUUUGAGCGGCAGUAAAGUUGAAUCAGAUGCUGAUAGGGGGAGAUCUCAAUCACGUCAAGCUCAUCUAGACACUCCUACUAGUAGCAACAGACGGAGAACUUCCCCCAGCUCUACUUCACAUGCUGGCAUAGAUGAGUACAGGCAUUUAAAUCCGGAUGAUUUGAAGUACAGGGAUAAGUCUGAACAGAGGUCCAAAGUAAUUUCUUCGAGAGAGGUAAGUGUUUUAUCUGGAGUGACAGAGAAAGGUGUGAAGUACAGAUCCAUGGAGAAGCCUGUCAAAAUGGAUGACGGCCAUUUAGGGGAGCUGUCAACUGAAAGGUCUUCAAGUUCCAAGGUUUCACCAAGGGGCUUGGUGGAAAGAUCUCCUUCAUCAACAAGUAUUGACCGUAGGUAUCUGAAUAGAACUGGUGUUAGGCGGAGUCUUGAUAUCGAAGAAACAGGACGGAGGAACAGUGUUUCUAUUGAUGCUAGAGAUUUCUCUACUGCUGAGGAUAGGUUGUAUCGGGACUUUCCACAAGAAAAGCCUCUAUUGGAUGAGUCCUCCCAGGCAGAUUCAGCUUACUACAAUAGAGCUAGUCAGAGCAAUGCAUCUUUGAUUCCUCCACCUUUCAGAGCUGGAGUGGACAGCCCUACUUUGGCAGGGUCAUUGGAAGAAGAUGGUAGACUUAACUCCACUGCUCGUUAUAAGAGGGGAAGUGAUGCUGGAUUGGGAAGAGGGCAUGGAAAUGCUUGGAGGGGUGUCCCAAAUUGGAAUUCAUCAGUUCCUAAUGGCUUCAUUCCUUUCCAACAUGGACCUCCUCACGGAAGUUUUCAGGCAAUGAUUCCGCAGUUUCCAUCCCAACCUCUGUUUGGCGUUAGACCUUCUAUGGAAAUGAACCACUCAGGGAUUCAUUAUCACAUCCCUGAAGCUGACAGGUUCUCCAGUCACUUACGCCCAGUUGGCUGGCAGAGUAUGAUGGAUGGUUCAGGCCCUCCUCACUUGCAUGGAUGGGAUGGAAGUAAUGGUUCGGGCCCUCCCCACAUGUAUGGGGGGCCUGAAUGGGAACAGAAGAGGCAUUCAAUGAAUGGUAGGGGAUGGGAAUCCAACGCUGACUUGUGGAAAGGACAAGAUGGUGAUAUGAAAAGGGACUUGCCUUCCCCAUCCCACAAAGAUGAUUAUCCAGAGCAGGCCCCAGCAGAUGAUGCUUUGGCUAUGAAGGCAGGUCAGAGGUCUCAUACUGAAGAUAACCAUCAUGAGGUUCAGGCAAAAACCGCUGAAAUAAGUUCCACUGGCACAUCUCCAGCAAAAGAAGUUUCUGACUCUUUGCCUAAACCUGCCCAUGAGGAGGCAGCUGAUCAUACUGCAUUAUCAAGUGAUGAUGUUUCUUAUUUCAGCCGUUUUUAUCUUUCUAAGCUUGAUAUUUCGGCAGAACUUGCACAUCCUGAGUUGUAUAAUCGGUGUAUAAGCUUACUGGAUAUUGAAGAAAGCACAACUAUGGAUGAAGACGCCACUAUGGAUGUACUUUUGGAGGAUGGAGAAAGAGCCACUCUGAAAUAUUCCAAUAACCUUUCAAGCCAUUCACUUUUUCCUGCCAUAAAGGAUUCUGUUUUUCAGAGAGCCAUGGACCUCUACAAGAAGCAGAGGGUGGAUAUAGUAGGUUUGCUGUCGGUUGCCGGACGAACGUUAGACAUUAUUUCAGCAUCAAAGCAGGUGACAGUGGAAGAGCAAGCCCCCAUCUGCGAUAUGGAGAAGGCAGAGGAGCCAAUCCCAACUUUGAAUGCGGAAAUGCCAAAUGAGCCCAUAUCAACUGUAGAUCAAAAGAACGUGGAAGCAAUUGCUCUCAUGCAGGAAAAUAUGGAGGAGCAAGUUUCGACCCCCACUCAGGAGGCACAGAAUCACGUUUGUACCCCCACUCAGGAAGUGCUGGUAGCUUAUGGUGGUGAGAAAGGAGAGCCGGUGCCAGUUUCCAGUGGGGAGAAGGAUGGGAUGGCCUCAGAACACGUGAAUUCGGAGGUUGCAGAUGGGGAUUGUCUUUUGACAGUUGAUAAUGAAUCACAGAAGACCACAACUUUCUCUGCGGAUGGUAGCAACAUCAACGGGCUUGGCAAGGCUGACGGCAAUAGCUCUACCUAUUAUACAGAGGAAAGGCUUUCUGGUGAUACAAUAAAUGGUCCUAAAUUUUUUCCGGGUGGUUCUCCCAGGGCUUGUGAGGCUUUGAUGUCUGGGUCAAAUGAGUCUGAGUCGGUAAUUUUAAGUCGGAUACAUCAUUCUCCCGAAAGUACACAUUGAGACAAUUUCUAUAACUCUCUUUUUUUAUUGCAUUUUUGGUUUAAGGUAAUUUUGCUCUUCA